GCUCUCUCCUGGGCAGCUUUCCCGGCUUCAUUUCUCUGGUCACCGCUUCCCACCCUGCACUCCGAGGGGUUGCUGCCGCUGCCCCAGCCACCGCAAACAUGAUCUCCUUAACGGACACGCAGAAAAUUGGAAUGGGAUUAACAGGAUUUGGAGUGUUUUUCCUGUUCUUUGGAAUGAUUCUCUUUUUUGACAAAGCACUACUGGCUAUUGGAAAUGUUUUAUUUGUGGCUGGCUUGGCUUUUGUAAUUGGCUUAGAAAGAACUUUCAGAUUCUUCUUCCAAAAACAUAAAAUGAAAGCUACAGGAUUUUUCCUGGGUGGUGUAUUUGUAGUCCUUAUUGGUUGGCCUUUGAUAGGCAUGAUCUUCGAAAUUUAUGGAUUCUUUCUCUUGUUCAGAGGCUUCUUUCCUAUGGUCAUUGGCUUUAUUAGAAGAGUACCAGUCCUUGGAUCCCUCUUAAAUUUACCUGGAAUUAGAUCAUUUGUAGAUAAAGUUGGAGAAAGCAACAACAUGGUAUAACAACAGUGAAUUUGAAGACUCCUUUAAAAUACCGUUUUAUUUAUAAAAUCUUUUGAAGAAUAUUCAGCACAAAGUUAAAUUUCAUGAAAUAGCUUGUAAUGUUCUUUACAGAAGUUGCAAACGUGUAGCCUACAACAUACCAACAGCAGUUAGCCAAGAAGCAGUGCAAACAGGCUUCUAAUCACGUGGUGUGAGAAUUCACAAGCAAACUGUGGGUGAAGCUCAUGUUACGAUGCGCAUUGAGACUCUGGAAGGCUGUUUUUAUUGUCUUUCACAAUGUGCAAAACACAGCCAUCCUUGGAGAACUGUAGUGCCUGUUACUUUUUUGGGGUUCUUUUGUUUGUUUGUUUGUUUGUUUGUUUGAAGGUUAGAAACAUCCACAGGCAUUUACUUUUUAUAAAUGUCCACCGUGAUUGCAAAAAUAAUUCCAAUUUCACUGGGUCUCUGAAUGUGAUGUAUGGGAUGGAUUAGAUUAUGUUGCUUUUAUAUAUGCAACCCAAAGAAAACCCAGUUUUCAUAUACAAAUCACUUUUUUUUUGUAAAUGUAGCUAAAAUAAAACUUUAAUGGCUCUGAAUCUUAAUAUUGUAAAGCCAGAUAGAAAUCUGAUCUAGGUAUUCUUUGUUGGAAUAUGCAAAGGUCAUUCUUUGCUAAGUUUUGGUUACAAAAUUGUAGCUGAUAAAGUAUUUCUUGGUCAGUGACACACCCUGGAAACACUCAUACUUCUUAGUGCGAACGCCUGCAUAUCUGUUUUCUGUGGUUCAUCACAUGUAAGCGUUCAACAUGCAGUAGUCUGUUACACAGCUUGUUUUUCUGAAUAUAUUUUUAUUUGAGAUACUAAAUGAUGCAAACCAAAUGAAUUUUCUCAUGCCAUGAUGUAGUUUUUCUUUAUUUUUUAAAUUUGGCAGUGGUUUACUUUGUUUUUCCAAAUUAAAAUAUAACUAACUUUCAGUAGUGCUCGCUUUAAGAGAUGUGCCAUGUUCAAAGGUUAAGCCUGUAACUGUUUGUGAGGUCUGUUCAUUUGAUCUGGAGUUUUCUCUUAUUUUUCACAGCAUACAAAAUUCACACUGUGCAUGUCAUGUUUCCUGUGAUGAGUCACUCUUCACCCUGACCUGGUGGUGAAAAUACCCAAAUUCACAUGUAAAGUUAUUUUACUAUAAUUAAACUGGCUCUGGUGUCUUUAAAACCUGAUGCUAAAAUGGUUUGUUUCUUUUCCUUGCAUUGUUGGUUGACAGGCAGUAAAAAACAGCAGUUGUUUCUUCAGUUUCCAUGCUGGCAGCUUUUGUGUAGAUGUAGGAACACAUUUCAAUAGCCACAGCUGGCUCC